CACUUGGCGCCUGAAGUGCUGGUGGACGGUCCCUUGGCCCGCAGGGAGCCGCAGCGGGCGGUGCUCCUACAUCACUGCAUGAAUGACGGCGCACUUGACCGACGCAGGGAAACACUUCGCCGCUUCUCAGGAGCCGUGUGGGUCUGUUUGAUCUGGAUUUCCAACGCCUCACCUCACUUCAACUUCACAGAUACAUCGACAGGCUACAACCGUGAGAGAGACAUGUCAUCGUGAAGAGACAGCGUCCAUCUUCGCUGGAUUAAAAGCAUGGAGAGAUGACCGGCGUGUGGAGCUGACAGCAGAGUAGCUGACGGUAAAUGAGAGGCCGGCACCAUGCCCCCAGGGAAGUAUGGGAUGCAGGAGGAAUGGGAGAAGGAGGGAGACCAGGAGGUUGUGAUGGACUUCCUGCUGCCGACUGGGAUCUUUCUCAAAUUCUCUGUGUCUCGAAACGACACCAUCAAAACCCUCAAAAAAAUGGUUUGGAAAAAUGCCAGAAGCGAGGCCCUCUUCAGUGCAUUGGGUGAUCCCGACGCAUACGUCUUCACCUGCAUCAACCAGACGGCAGAGAGAGAGGAACUGGAGGAAGAAUGGAGACGCAUAAGCGACAUAAGGCCCUUCAUGUGUGUCCUGAGGCUGGUGGCGAGGGAGGGCGACCGGGUGGAGAAACUCACCAACACACAGAUCAGCUGGUUGAUCGGAAAAGGUCUACAUGAGUUUGAAGCCCAGAAGAACCACGAGGUGAAUGAGUUUCGGACAAAAAUGCGUGCAUUUUGCGAAGAGAAGGCUCAGGAGCGCCAGAAUUUGCCAUGGCAGCAGUGGAUGAAGUACAGCUUCCCAUGUGAACUGGAGCCGUGCGUCUCCCCUCCAGAGUGUGGGAGCGUAAAGUCAAAAAACACCAAGAAGAUUUUCAUCAAUGUCAUGUUUGAGGCUUCAGAUGAAAGCUUCAUGCUGCAGCAGGACCCUCAGGACCUCCCGGGGGCUCUGAUGAGGAACGCCCUGAAAAAGAAGGCUACGGUCUUUCGCUCAGUGCGACAAGAGCCGGAGGACUUUACCUUGCAGGUCAACGGGAGGUGGGAGUUCAUCUACGGGAAACAUCCAUUGUGCCAGUUCAAAUACAUCUUCUUCUGUAUAAGAAAUGGCCAGAACCCUCUUGUCACCAUGGUACACCACUCCACCAUCCGAAAAUAUCAGAAUGAGCAGGGCCUGUGCAGCCAGAUAUACAGAAAUCGCUCCCUGUCCAGACCUCCUCCACUGCCCCUGAAGAAGCAGAAUACCUCCUCUCUGUGGUCCAUCAAUGAGCCUUUCUACAUUCACCUGCUGCAGGGCAGCCGAGUCAAUGCAGACGAAGGAAUGAAGCUUGUGGUGCAGGCUGGCCUCUUCAAUGGCAGCGAAUUCCUCUGUAAGGUGGUGACAACCACGGAGGUGUCGGUGUGCUCUGAGCCGCUGUGGGAUCAAAAGCUGGAGUUUGACAUAAACGUGGCUGACCUGCCUCGCAUGAGCCGCCUGUGCUUUGCACUCUAUGCUGUCAUUGAGAAGGCCAAGAAACCCCGCGGCACUAAAAAGAAGCAUAAGAAAGCGGAUUGUCCGAUAGCCUGGGUGAACACCAUGGUGUUCGACUACAAGGAUCAGCUGAAGACUGGGGAGUUCCUCUUGUCCACAUGGCCGUCUGUUCCUGAUGACAAAACCGACCUGUUGAACCCGAUGGGAACAGUGGAGAGGAACCCAAAUGUGGACAGUGCUGCUGGGCUUCUUAUCCGCUUCCCAAACAUCCGGCCUCAUCCUCUGUAUUACCCUCCACUGGACAAGGUUGGGGACAUGGAAAAGAAUGGUGAAGCCGCCUAUUCAACAAAGGAAGAGCUCUUGAAACUAAAAGAAAUAAUGGACAACAAAAACUACACAGAGUUCUUUGAGGAUGAGAAGGAGCUCUUGUGGAAGCUCCGCACAGAAGUCCGUGACCGUUAUCCUGAAAGUCUGUCCAAGCUGCUCCUCAUCACCAAGUGGAACCGGCGUGAGGACGUAGUUCAGAUGGUGAGCUUACUGAGUAACUGGCGGGACCUCCCUGCCAUCAAUGCCCUAGAGCUUUUGGACUACAGUUUUCCCGACCCAGCUGUGCGGUCUUUCACCAUCAGAUGCCUCAGGAAGCUCAGUGAUGAUGAACUGCUUCAGUACCUAAUCCAGCUGGUCCAGGUCCUGAAGUACGAGUCCUACUUAGACUGUGACCUCACCACUUUCCUGCUGGAAAGGGCUUUGUCCAACUGGAGGAUAGGACACUUCCUGUUUUGGCAUCUCAGGUCAGAGAUUCACGUGGCAUCUGUGAGUUUACGUUUUGGUCUGAUUCUGGAGGCCUACUGCAGAGGAAACAACCACCACAUCAAGCUUUUAACCAAACAGAUCGAGGCCCUGGGCAAAAUGAAGGCCCUGAGUGACUUUGUCAAGUCAGGCUCCCAGAAGAUGACAGCGGAUGACCUGAAGUUGUGUAUCAGACAGGAGUCGUACAUGGAGGCUCUGUCAGACCUGCUGUCACCGCUCAACCCCAGCGUCAUCCUCGCUGACAUCUGUGCAGACAAAUGUAGGUUUAUGGACUCCAAGAUGAAGCCGAUCUGGCUGAUGUAUAACCCCAAGGUUCAAGAAGACAUGGUUGGCAUCAUCUUCAAGAGCGGAGAUGAUCUUCGCCAAGACAUGUUGACCCUCCAGAUGAUCCAACUCAUGGAGAAUUUAUGGAAGAAAGAAGGCCUGGAUCUCCGGAUGAUCCCAUAUGGCUGCUUGUCCACCGGGAACAAGAUGGGGCUAAUUGAAGUUGUGAAGAACUCCGACACGAUCGCCAACAUCCAGCGUAACAGCAGCAACAGUGCCGCCACCGCUGCCUUCAACAAGGAUGCCCUGCUCAACUGGCUGAAAUCUAAGAAUCCUGAGGACAAACUGGAGCAGGCAAUAGAAGAGUUCACAUUGUCCUGCGCUGGCUACUGUGUAGCUACUUACGUCCUGGGCAUUGGAGAUCGUCACAACGACAAUAUCAUGAUCAGGGAAACUGGACAGCUGUUUCACAUCGACUUUGGUCAUUUCCUGGGCAACUUCAAGCGGAAACUGGGGAUCAACAGGGAGCGGGUACCAUUCAUCUUGACCUAUGACUUUGUCCAUGUGAUUCAACAAGGAAGGACAAACAACAGUGAGAAGUUCGAGAGGUUCAGGGAAUACUGCGAACGGGCAUACAAGAUCCUGUGUCGGAACGGGACGCUGUUCGUCAACCUCUUCGCUAUGAUGAAGGCAGCGGGACUGCCAGAACUCACCUCCUUCAAAGACAUCCAGUAUCUAAAGGACUCACUAGCUUUGGGCAAAUCAGAGGAAGAGGCACUGAAGAAUUUCAAAGUAAAGUUCAACGAGGCUCUGCGGGAAAGCUGGAAGACGAAGAUCAACUGGAUGAUGCACUCCCUGGCCAAAGAUAACAGACCCUGACAAGGAUGCACCAAGGAGACUUGAUGAAUGACCAAAAAUUGUGGAUUUUAACUUAUGGAGAUAAACAGGAAGAAAACACAAUCAAAUAUUUCACUUUAUUGAUGGCAUUCAAAGACUAUCUGCAUAUGUUUACAUCUGACUGGCCAAUUUGUGGUAAAUAACUACUAAGUGGAAGCAUCCAGAGAAAAUAAAACCAUGGGAAUGCAUUUGACUCAAGGACAUAUCCUCAACAAUUAUAAAGACGCUUUUUGAUGUGUUAAAUUCGCUACUUGAAAGCCACCUGCACGUGCAAAUAUGUCCUGAAAGGAAGCAGACACUGAAAAUAUAUCUCAAAAACUGCAUCGCACAGCAGGGAGCAAACUUCAUGAUGACUUUAGACCACACCGUUCAGUCACAGAGUUCAAUAACAAAGCGACAGUUUCACCUCAAGUUACCACCCUCAAUGGCUGUGUGUCAUUUCCUCUCAUGUCAGUAUACUCAACAAUAUACGCAAUUGUGUCUUGUUUAUUUGAUUGUAUUUUAUUUUAUUUAACCUGGUAGCUCCGGAGUAUUUGUACAAAGCCAUGAGGGAUAUUUUAGAAAAGUUUUUGUCUUUUACUGCUGUAUUGUUGUGUAUUAUUGCCAUGAAGUGCAGUAUGUGGCCAGUAGACAGAAAGCAUUGUAACAUUUACAGUUUGUUAUAUAAAAUAAAUACUUUAAAUGGGAUCUUUAUUUUGAUAUUAACCCUGGUUAACAGGCUGUGUAACUCAUCAGACCCUGCAGACCAAACAGCUACUACCCAUUAAAGAAAUAGUUUGACAUGUUGGUAAUAAACUAUUUGCUUUGUAGCUGAGAGUUGGAUAAAAAAUGUAUGCCACUCUUGUGAUAGACUCUUGAAUGUGAGCUGAAGCUAACAGAUUUUAGCAUUUCAUAACUCCGCUCAGCUUAGUUGAGCUUAAAAACUGAAAACGGGGGAAACGGAUAGCCUGGCUCUGUAGAAAUGUGACAAAAUAAAAAGCAUACACAACUUAUUAGCUGCUGGUAGAGAAGGACUGUUUUCACCUUAUGAAAGGCAGAGGCUAGUUCUUUGCAUCUAUUUUCAGUGUUAAUUCUGGCAUCCUAAGGGGAAAAAGGGAAUUAAGAACAGUUUUGAAAACAUUAGCUGUAAGGACCUGAAUACUUUGUGCCUGUAAUGUUUUGACAUUUAGUUAUGCACUGUAAUUUCCAUUGCUUUUUGAAUUCAUGAAUCCGGGUGCCAAGAUAGAGAUUUCAUACUUGUACUUUCAAACACCUUUUUAUACACAUUUCUGUGUGAUUCAACUAUUCAUGGUGCGUUCAGGAUACUUUACAUGCUGUAUAUCUUGCUGUCAGUCAUGCAAAAAGAUGAUGCGCAUUGGUUUUUGCAUUACAUGUCAUAUGAAAGCUGCCAUUUGUUUAAAUCUCUGUACAAUAAUGAUGAACACAAGAGCAAGUGUGGCUGUAGAAUACGCAGCAAUACAUAAUAUUAAUAAUAUAAGUUACUAAAAUAUUCCAAAUGUAUUAGGCUUUACAGAUGGCUCAUCAAUGUCCCCCAGUAAACUGCUGCUUCAUAACACGAGUAGUAAUUCUUUAAAUGAUGAGCUCAUUUUGCAAGUUGUAAAAUAUACUGCUGUUGUGUUUUGACUUGAUUAUUAUUCAUGAAUUCUGUCAAGUGGUACAAACAGAUAAAGGUUCAGGCCUUAUUUUCACAUGUGCAGCUAUAUAUAUCUUUAUCUGCAUCCUGUUUUUAAAGUUGGUUCACUUGCAGUUCGGAGAGUAAGAAACACUUAAUAAACAGUUUGCCACAGCAGAGCUAACUGAUACUUAUUAAGACCCAAGCCAUAUGUCAGCUUAAUUCAAUGCAGCUUAAAAAGGCUGAUUAUGGAUGAAGGCCAGACCAACUAAAGUCAACCCUGCUUCCAUUUUUUAGAGUUUGUAAGUGUCAUGAUCUUUGUUUUGUGUCUGUUUCCUGUUUUUAUUUUGAUAUGUUUUCCCCUCUUGUGUCAUGUUAAGUUUCACUCCCUGUCUUUAGUUACCCUCCUUUCCCUGAUUGUGUCAUUGUGUUCACAUGUUGCCCCUGUGUUUCUCCUCCCCUCUCCAGCUGUGUGUGGUCUUCUGAUUAGCCUUGUAUAUUUAGUCUUGGUUCCCCUUUUGUCUCUUGUUCAGUCGUCGUCAUUUGCUACCUGAUCUUGUACAUGUUACCUGCGUGUUCCUGCCCGUCCGUCUGUCUGCUCCUGUUCCCAGUGUCCCUGUAUCCCCUGGGUAGUGUUGGUGUGGUUAUUUUUGGUUGAAAGUACAGCUUUUAUUUAAAUAAAGCUCGCCUUUUGUUUGGACCCAUA